AUGCUCUUGUUCCUCUUCUUGUUUGGUCUGGCUCUGGGUGCUGAGCCUCCUUCAGACGACCAGCAAGUGACGCUUCAGCGUGGCAACUGUCCCAUGUUCUGGUACAGCUUCAACGGCCGCUGCUACAAGUACGUCGCCACAGACAUGAGCUGGGCUGAUGCAGAGCUCCACUGUUUGUCACAGAGAGCCAACCUGGUGUCUAUCCACAGUCAGGGGGAACAGAAUUUUGUCAAAUCCCUGACUGAGAACUUUGACCCUGCUAAGGGAUAUACCUGGAUCGGACUCACUGACAUCCACAAAGAAGGCAGGUGGAUGUGGUCUGAAGGGUGUGUUGUCAAAUAUGUCUUUUGGAAUACAGGACAGCCAGACAAUGGUGGAGGUGAGGAACACUGUGGACACAUAAACCAUGGCGCAGAUUUGAAAUGGAAUGACAUUCCAUGUUCUCGUACAUUACCGUUUGUUUGUGCAUCUCGCAUAAUGUGUCCUUAA